AUGAGGUCGUUUAUCAGACACCGCCGCAACGACCUGGGCCAGCUGAUCGACGACGCGUUGGCCAUCGACCUCCAGGGGGCGCCCCCGAAUAACCCCAUGACCCGCGAUCUCCAGCCGGUGAUGUCUCGAGCCAGCGGCCACUCCCAGCACACCCCGGUCUCGCUGCCAGUGGUGGCGCAAGUACUGCUGUUUGGCUCGCCCAAGAGCUUCCAAAACCCGCAAAACGUCGCCAGUACGACUCAGCUGAAGCUGCUGCCGAAAAAGUUGCUUACGCCCAUACGCAACUUGUUUGGACCGAAAACGUCGCCGGAGGCACGUAAGAUCGAGCCGAGUCGGUACCUGGAGGAGAACCGACGGCUGCGGCUGCGGCCGCUGUCGUUUUCUCGCGUGGUUUCCAACGAUAGCCAUACUCUGAGCUUAAUGUAUGAACUGCGCCGCCUGCCGCUAAUUGGCGCUAGUCCGGCUAAAUCGAGUGAGGAGGAUACGUUUAAAGUGCUGCCACGAGUCACUGGACGCAGUAAUAAAGGGUUUGAAGUGAUAAAGGGGAUGGCGGGACCACCACCACCAACUCUGGCCUUACCCAAGAAACCAGUUGCUGGAAAGAAAUAUAUCAUCAGUGGUCCCAUUGGUCCUCCCCGACUGCUGAUGUCCAACUUUGAUGCCCCUCGAGACGCUCCCGAGCCUCCCCGCCGUCUGGGUGAAUCGCAACGGUCAAUCCAGUCUACCCUUGAUAAUACUAAAAAGAAACGGAAAAAGAAGCGGAGAUUGAAACCGCCCAUCCAGUUUGAUAGCUCGAAACCAUUACCGCCAACCCCCCAGGGGUCGCCUGACCCGCCACGGCCCCUGAAACCCCCAGCAUUAGAUUUGGUGGAACUGAACUUUAAAGCCGUCAAUCACGAUAAUGCCAUGAGUCCCAGAUUAUAUGGUGAUAAGUGGGAGCCUCGACCGUCUUCGGAAUCGAGAAAGACUCUGGAAAGUAGGGAUUUCGUUGAUCCUAGACGGACGCUGGAAUCUCGAGAGUAUGGUGAUUCUCGCAAGUCUUCAGAGUCUCGAGACUACGUCGAUCCACGCAAAGUAUCAGAAACUCGUGAAUCAUCGGCAUCAAGAGACUACGGGGAGCCAAGAAAAGUACUGGAGACUCGGAAAUUACAAGACUAUGUUGAUUCACGCAAGUCACUGGAAUCACGACCAGACUAUAAGGAAUUGCGCAAUUCGUUAGAUUCUCGAGAUUACGUUGAUCCUCGAAAGUCAUCUGAUUCACGAGAUUACGUUGAUCCUCGAAAGUCAUCUGAUUCUCGAGAGUUUACUGAUCCUCGCAAAUCAGCCGAUUCACGCGAGUUUGUCGACCCAAGACGGUCUCAAGACUCACGCGAAUAUGUCCGUAAGUCGCUGGACUCUCGUGACCUUGAAGAUACUGGCGGUAGAACUUCGAUUAGUCUGCUCCCCAGUCAUCUAUCAACACCGCUGACGGUACACUCGUUCCCUGGUCCUCAGCCCCUUGUACGUGAUGACGAUAUUCAGGAGGAAGAGGAGGUUGAUCUGCUGGAUUUAGACCAUCUGGACGACUCAAACUCGCUGCAGUUCUCCUUUAUCAAGGAUAACAUCGGUGGUCGUAACACUUCAGUGAAGUAUUAUAAAACGAUCAACCCGACUAAGGACUUACCCACCCCUCCUCCCAUCAACAACACCUUCAAUGAGCACGAUCUUGGCUACGAAGUGGAUGAAUUUAGUGAUUACGACUAUGAGAAUAAUGGCUAUGAUGACGACGAUGACGGUGAUGGCGAAGUUGGGUAUAACGAUGCCCUUGACGAAGAAGAAGUGGGGUACAAUGAUGCGUUAGGGUUUGAUGAAGAAGACGGCAUGGACUAUAACGAUGACUAUGACGUUGACGAUUACGCUGAGGCCGAGUUUGAGCCGAAACCACCGACGGUGGGAGACGACCACAGCUAUACUGAUAACCUGUAUAAGCUGAAGGACGAGGAGGAAGCGUUUCACGCUCUGGAGAAACGUAUACCGUGCCACCAGGAGAAAAAGGAAGCGACUACUCCUACGACUGCUUCCCACCACCACCCCAACUUAGACUCGCUUGAGCCUCCUCCCAGACUCCGUCCGUCUAUUGUGGGGGUACCCCAGCUUAGUCGUGGCAAUUCGUCAACGGGGGAGGACCUGGAACUGUCGUAUGGCGACGAUAUUCUCCAGAACUACCUCGAUAUGGGUCCCCUGCCUCGCAGUGAUCGUCAAGGCAGUUCACUUAACCGGGGUGAUUCCGUUGAUACUUCAAAUUUCGCCGUUACUCCACCUCGUUUACUCGAACAACUUGCUCCUCCUGACUUGGACGAUCCUCAACUGCUGCCUCAAGUCGCGUUAUUUCCUCCCUCAGUGGCUGGUACCGUUAAAGUGAGACGUCGUCGGGGGCUGGCUCCCGAUACCCCACAAGCGUGGCACCGCCACCACCAGCUGUUCCUUCUUGCAGUUCAGAAUGGUGAUACUCUCGACUUAGACCACCUGCCGUUUCGAACUCCCGGUUUAUUCCGCAGUUUCCACGACCUGAUUCCAGAGAAUAUUAACGUUAUCGAUAAAGUGAACCAGUACGAGCUGUUUACCGAGUCGCGACAAUCUCAAAAUACGCCGCUGCUGCGUCGUCAACUGGCCCAACUGACCAUUUUGGAAAUUUCUGUGGAGAGAUUUCGGCACGGCCAGGGCCAGUUCCUGCUGCCGCUGCUGUACGAUGAGUUUAAUAGUCCCCAGCGUGAUUUGAACUCGGAAAAUACCAAACGCAGUCCCAGCGAAGCCCGUCGACUGGUGAACCAAAUGAUGGAGCUUUUAGGUACGCUAGAGCUGACCAUCGAUAGUGGGGCGACUCUGACUGAUGAUAAACGGAAACUGAUCCUCAACAUGAUGGACUUGCUUAACCAGUUGGAGACGCUGCUCCCACCGGGACUGGCCCUGGACCACCGCCUGCUGAUCAUGGCGAUGAUGCUGACCCUCGACGCUAUUGGCCAACGGCUCGAUGAAUCACCCAAGAAACCACUGCUGCUGCUGCUGCUGGUCCCUGAUAAUCGCAGAGCUCUGGUAUCGUCAAUGGGGAUGAAUAAGCGUGACCUGAUUCUGAACAUGAUGAGCACGUUGGCAACGCUAGACUUCCUGUUACCGCCUGACGAAGCCGCCGCUGCUGAAGUCCAGUUGAAAAAGCGGAAACUGGAAAAGCAUACUCGCACCACACAGCAACCGUUAGAGCGUAAACCAACGCUGUCCACCGUCACCCUGACUCUGGACCCAAGAAAACGGUACCUGUGGUACGAAGAUGAGCAACAGCCUACGCUGAUGGCGGAACUGCCUCCAUUGCCACCACCAGCACUGGCACAACUGCCGAUGACCCACGCCAGUUUUACUAAGCGGGCAGUGCUGGACGACUUGGGAGAAGAUUUAAUCGAUGAAAUCAACCAGCUUCCUGAAGAUUUCGACUUUGAAGAGCACGAGCGCACCUCGUCGCAAGUGACGCUGCCGCUGCUGGGGUUCUUUAGGCUGAACCUGUACAAAAAUAAGCCGAUCAAGGCAUUGGUGGACGCCCGCUACCCGCUGAAUAAGAUCGAGACGGCGCUGAAGACAGUGACGUUCUAUAAAAAAGCCACCAGCGCCAUGGAGAGACUGAGACUGACGAGUCGGGCGACGCUGUUACGGCUGCAAAACUCGUUUGCCUCGGUGACUGAAGAAGAUGAAGGCGACGACAACACGGGGCUGUGGAAGUCGCACGACUUGCCGCCGCUCCCGUUCACGUUGGACCCUAAGUUCACCCACCACCAUAACUUGCUGGGGGCCAAUUUGCAUACCAUAUCGGAACAACGGUGA